AUGCUUGUCAUGCAUAGCAAUGUGGAUGAGUGCCAGGUUAUGUUAAACACGGGUCGAUCGGAAUCGCGGGGCUCUUCAGCCCCAUCACCCUCACCCUCGCCUCUACCGCCCUCGCCUUUGCCGCCGUCGGCCCCGCCACCGGCAUCUCCUCCCCCCGUGGUCCUUAAGCCGCCUCCCGCGCCAACCCCACCGUCCCCUCCUCCACCGGCACCGCCGCCGCCCUCCCCUGCUCCACCACCACAACAGCAGCGGCAGCAGGAAGGCUCAACGAAGCAGGCGUCUUCAGCAAGUAGGGCGGCAUGGCACGAGUAUGAUGUUUCUAAGCUUAUCUCCACGGAAGUUUCCAAGACCGCCACGGACGUCCACAGCCGCGUCUCCGACUGGUCGGAUUUCGACCUGCCCAGGACGCAGGCGGACAUUGACCGGCUGAUGAAACUUCCACACGUGGACGAGUGCUACUAUUGCAAAGUCUGCAUUCCCAAUUCGGCGUUGAAGCUUGGGCAGCAGCAACAACAGCAGCAGCAGCAGAAACCCGGUGCCGGAGGGCGACGCCGUCGGCUUCAGUCCACCGAGCGUGCCAGCGCAACCUACUUGGAGAACCCCGCGGAGGCCGAGGGCCUUAUUUACGGCCUCAAACCCGUGGACCAGGCCCUUCCCGUGGACCAAUCUGGCGGCGCAGGAUGUGACUCAUGCAGCGGUGGCAGCAGCAGUAGCUCUAGUGCAGCAGGGUCCGCAGGUAACUACCUGAACCGCAAGCUGCGUGAGCAGGUCCGAGCGAGCCAAGGUGGAGGCAGCGACUCGGUUGGGGCCGCUGAGCAGCUUGACAACGGAGUUGGCCUUGUCGCGGAAGAAGCGUUGCUUGGGACAGACAGCGGCGGCCUGGGUGCGGGCUCCCGGCGGCGGUUGACAGAGGCGUACCAGGCGCUGGACACGACGGAGUCGGGCCCUGAUUACCACAUCGGCGGCCGCAUCUACAACAUCUCGGACAUUGCUCCUGGCAGGCGUAUUUUCCAGUCCAAGCAGCACCUGCCAAACUGCAGCAUCUGCCGCGGUUGUGAUCACACGCUGUCGGGCUGGGCUGUGGUCAAGGUGUGGUGUGUGCCGGUGCUCAAGCCCAAGCAGCGGGGACUGGGCAUGUGCGACCCCAAGAAGGUGUACGCGCAGGUCAAGCUGCUGCUGGCACAGCAAAAGCUGACUGCUGAGUGUGGCCUGAACGAAAUCGUUCCCAAGGUGUGGGUGGAGCCACUAAAUGGGGUCAUGCCGGGCUCCGGUUUCCAUGUCAAGUGGCUGGGGCUGUGGGCGGACAUUGCGGAUGGUGUGUCCGUGCAGAACAUCCAGGAAGCCGGCAAGCCACCAUUGAAGCCCGAGGUCAUGCUGGACCUGUUCUCCAAGCGUAUCAACCACCACGAGCUGGUGCAGGGCGCCAUUUUCGACCUCCUCUUCUCACAGUGCGAUCGCCACCAGCAGAACAUAUUCCUAACGGAGACUGGGAAGUUCUGGCUCAUCGACAAUGACCAGGUGUACGCGACCGCCUGGCGGAAGUGCGGCAUCGACUCGCUGCUGGUCCCCACCACUCAGAAGUUCAUGAUCAACCAUCUGGGCUUCUUUUACGUGCUGAAGUAUCCCCAGAAGAAUCCCCCGCGCGGCCCCGCCAAGUUCCUAUCGCCCCUGCUGUUGCUGGACUACCGGUGUCACGUGCCGGGCGGCGCCAUUGCCAAGAACUUCACGCCUGAGCUGAAUGAGUGCCUGUCGCACAUCUCCAGUCUCAGCCCCGAGGUGAUUCAGGAGCAGUACGGCUACCCAGUGCUCCGAAUGGCGGAUGCAGUACGCAACCGGUCCAUAGACCUACUUACGCAUGGCUACGAGUGGACGCUGCUGUACGGCCAGCCCACCAACCAGCCCAUGCACCGCUACAAAAUCGCCCCCAAGUGUUGCGAAAUGCAUUUCAAUGCCUCCAAGAGUAAUUACGAAUGCGACACGCCGGGCUAUAAGCAAAUGACGGAGAUUCCGUUCGGCAACGCCUGGCAUGGCGGUCCCUGGCACGGCACUGCUGGACUGGACACCGGCACGUACGAGGGCGGUACAUCCUUCCUGCCCAACUGGUUGCGGCCCUGUGGUUUGCGCCAGCUGAGGCCGCUGGGAUCUCGUUGUGAUUUUGGGGUCUGGAAGUUGGGCUUCAGGGCAAUCCCAAACGACAUGGCCCAGGCCCGCAAGUUCUUCGGCAUGCACCUGGUCGACAUCGCCCGACGCGACGCCGGUAACGCCUCCCCCAUCACCUUCUACCUUGCACGGGGAAGCUGCCCCUGCGAGGACUCCAAGCAACCAUCACCACAGCGGACUCGGCCGCAACAACCACAGCAUUUUAACGGCCGCUCCGCGGCCACUGACUUAGCAACAGGAGUAAAAGGGCUCGCGAUCGGAUCCCUUGACGAAGUCGAUAGGAAUGGCGGCCUGGGUAUGCGCCCAAACGAGGCGCUGGACGAUGCCACCGCCGAGGACAACGACAGUGGUGGAAGCAGUAGCACCAGUACCAGCGACAGUCAAGCUGGGAGUAGCCCCGAAGGCGGCAACCCAGCAGUAGACGGACGGGGUAGGCGCCGCGGGGUGGCCGCCGAGGGACGGGGGGGUUUAGGCAGCGGCCGAGGCAACGGUGUACCCACUGCAGCGGCGGCAGGGCGCGGUUGCGGGGUCGGAGCCACUGCCGGUCAGGAACUGCAACGUCCGGCAGCGCCACCGCAGCUGGGGCCCUGCCGCUGUCCCUGUCAUGCACGUCACCUGACGCGGGUGCUCGUGUCCCGGGAACUGGCUGAGGAAAUGGAGGAACGGCGCGCGGAGCAGCAGCGGCCCUAUCGCAAACAGCAGCGCACACCGUAUGCCAUGUGCUUUGUGCUGCUGCCUGCCGCGGGUCUUUUCUCUGCGCUAAGGCACGGCGAUGGCAUGGCGCGUAUCAAUGGCGCGAGUGGCACUGCGGCGGCCCCUGGAGGGGGAGGGGCCGCAGCAAACGGCGCCGGCAUCAGCGCCGCUGCGGCGCGGGGUGGCUCAUCAGCCGCCACACCACGCGGUGCCAAACUCCCCCCACUGCCCCGCAUGUCAGCGGCUCCUCCGGAUGCAGCGGCUGAGGCCUCUCCACCGCGCCAUCCGCCACAGCGGCACCGUCUGGUCGCUCGCCCCCCGCCCAGUAGCAAAGCGCCCCUUUCCCCCAAACCUCCCGUCGCCGCCACAACGGAUGCGGCUACAGGGUCCGCAGCUCCCGCCACAGCUGCUGCCGCUGGUGCAACCGUUUCCGCUGGGGCCACGGUGGCCAACUCGCAGGGCAUCUCGCUGCCUGGACAAGGUGCCCUCGUCCAUUUGGGGUCCUCCAAGUGCUCUACCCCUGCCAGACCGGAGUUUACCAACAUCAGUGGGGCCAUUUUCGAUACGCAUCUGGCGGGUCUUGAACGGGUGUUCGUGGCUGUGGAAUUGGACGGUGUCCUGCAGUCGGACCUGGUCCCAUGUUCGGAGUGCAAGUUGACGGCGUACCACAACGGCAACCGGCGCAUUUCCCCGACGCCACGUCUAGCGGUGGGAAAGCUGUGUGUGGGAUGGGGGUUGUUCCCGGAGAGCCGUGUGCUUGUCAUCCGAGUCGUAUCCCCCCCGGAGGGCACAGAGGUCCGUCGGUGCAGGAAGCGCCCUCGGUAUGCGGGCGCAGGCGGCAGCCGCGGUGGCCCCGCCUUGCAGCGCAAGCGGGCGGCACCCGAGGCGGAGCUGGAGAAGCAGCCGCCGGCGUGCGGAAGCCUGGAGGGCCUGGCGGCUGGGCAGGGCGAAGGAGAGGAGGACGUGGGGGAUAUGGACACGUUGCGGGGCCCGGGCAAUGGACAGUGUCCCUCGUUUAUAAGCGGCAGGCUCGGCCCAGUUGGAGACCGGUGAUUAGGCAGUCCCCUCGGAGCGCCGGACGUGCAGCUGUACAGCGAUUACCGCACGGCAAAUAAGUGCCUAUAGAGUAUCGUCGCGCGCUAGGAAUGUCGCCUGGCCAGCCCCGCUGGCCAGGGUGUGGUUCGUGCGUCGCUGACGCUUCAGGUUUGCCCUCGGGGCGGGUGACCAGUGGACGCAGUCAUUAAUGCUGCGUUUAGUUGUCUAGUGCUGUGCGUCAGUUCUUUCGGCCGUGCCGGUGUGGCCGCGCUGGACAGCGCUGCGCGCGCUCAGACCGCGCCGUGUGGCGCUAGACCGCGCUUCGGCGCACACGCGCCCUGGCGCUCCGAGAGCAGCAAUUAGUACUCUGCAGUAGUGUAAGGCCCUUGGCAGCCCCGG